CCCCAAGACUUCAAGAGUCAUGACCCUGGAAACCCUCGCCGAUUCCACAGCGUUGGGGGAGCAACACCAGCAUGAGGUGUUCAUUCCAUUAUUUUCCAUCCCAUCAACGUCAACUGCAAGGACCGGCCUUACGGGGCAGGAAAACCUUCAGUUUCUACUCGGCCUCUCCUUGGAAGAAACGACGAGAAGCCAUCCCGGAUAUCCGGGGAUCCCCAAUAAAGCUCUCCAAUGUGCCUUAUAAAUGGACCCCAAGGACAUGACCGACUGGAAUGUGGAUUUCGCAACACCCGCUAUAUUGCGCCUUCCUAAAGAAUCUGCCCGACACCGUGGGUUCUUCGCAUCUCAGCCCUUUUUUGCUCGACUCUUCCUGGUCAACAUCGUGGCGUCUACUCAUCGCUUCAGGCCUGACUUCGCGUCCAUCGGGAACUGAACGUAUGAAAACACAGAGAGCAGGUCUAGGCUGGCCUUCAGCAACAGCCGCUGUUGUGAUCACGGAAAUCGUUUUUUGCAAUAAUUUGGA